AUGUCUGGCGUAAUCAACAAGGUUAAGGAAGCCGUCUCUGGCCACCACUCUUCUUCUACUAGCAACAACACCAGUCACAACAGCGCCCCUGAGGGUACCCACGGGCCCCACGGCAACCGAACAGCCAACGCCGCAGACCCAAGAGUCGACAGUGAUCGCGACAACCGUGCCGCACCCAGUUCAACCCUUGGCGGCUCUAACGCAUACUCCUCUGGAGACAACUACAGCCAUGGCACCACUGGCACCACCACAACUGGUGCUCACCGAGAAGGUGCUUCUGGACCUCACAACUCUCGUGCGGCUAAUGCUGCCGACCCACGAAUUGACUCGGACCGAGACGGCCGCUUUGCGGGCAACACCGCCGGCGACUAUGGUGGCAGUGGCCGAGAAGGGGUCACUGGACCCCACAAUUCUCGACUAGCCAACACUGUCGAUCCUCGCGUCGACUCAGACCGAGACGGCUCUCGCACUGCUGGUAACACAUACGGAAGCUCCGGUACCGCCGGAACUACUGGUGCUGGGUACAAUCCUUCCGGCACCACGGGUAACAACUUUGGAAGCACUGGCACUGGCGCCGGAUUCGGCUCUACUACCGGCACUCACGGUUAUGACUCUACUACUACCGGCACAACUGGCACUACUGGUAACUACGGGCACGGUGUUGGUAACCAUGGUGCAGGCGGUGCUCAUGGUGUAGGCGGUACUCAUGCUGGCACUGGUACCACUGGUACCCAUGGUCUGACCGGAACCCACGGUACUACUGGUACUCACGGUCCUUCUGACACCUACAACACAACCGGAACUCACGGUCUAAGUGGAACUCAUGGUACAACCGGCACUCAUGGUACUACUGGUACUCAUGGUACUACCGGCGCCUACGGCACGACCGGAACCCAUAACACGACCGGAACUCAUAACACGACCGGAACCCACGGUGUAGCUGGAUCUCACUCUGCUCACUCUGGCCCAGGCCCUGCCCCCGAUACAGCUGGUCCUCACAGCAGCAACAUCGCCAACAAGCUUGACCCCAGAGUCGAUAGUGAUCUCGACCACUCUCGAACCAUCGGCGGCGACAAGACUUACCAGUCGUAA